GAAACAUAUUUCAAUAUACUCUAAUCAUUGAAAUUUUUUUUGUUACCUUUUAGUUAAUAAAGUAAAAAAUUAUCUCUUUAUAAAAUUAGCAAUACAUUUUAGAUUUGAUAUGAAUGAAUUAUGUAAAUUUUGAAAUAAUUGCCGAAAAUUUCUUUCAAAUAUGCCAAUUAGUACACUACAUAUAAGAAAGUUGUAUAAAGAAUUACUCAAAUAUGGACAAACAUUAGAAUUAACCAACAAAAAUUAUUAUCAAAAACGAAUUAAACAGGAAUUUGUCAAAAAUAAAGAACUUGCAGAUCCUGAAAAAAUACAUUUUUUUUACAACAAAGGACUAGAAUUACUAAAGAAAAAGUCUAUAAUUUAAAUGUAAUUCAUGUUUCUCUUUAAAAAAAUAUUUCCUUCAAUCAGUAAUAAUACAAGAGAAAUUAGUUUAAGUUUAUCUAAUUACAAAUAUAUAUUGGACCAA